CAUACGAAGCUACGGUUAUAUUGCAGUCACUGCUGGCUUUGAAUGAAAUGUUGAUGAAGCUGAGGAUGUUGAAAAAAUGAAUCGACGGCGACAGGAUGUUGCAACCGUUCGUAUAUCAGACGAGGAAUAUUCAAGACUUGAAAGUAAAUUUGAAGCGCUGAAGAAUGAGUUUACAGCAUGUAGGAGAAAGUUGGACAGUAAAUGUGAGGCUCUAUUGAUACUAAGUAAGGAAUUAGAUCAAUGUCGUAGUGAACGAGACCAGUUUAAGUUGAUGGCCGAACAGCUCCGGGAAAGAUGUCAUACACUGAAAACAAGUCUCUCGGGCAAGGUUUGUAUUCACAAUUUAAGCAAUUUUGUGGAACAUCUGAGGUUUAAACAUAUGUACCCACAUUUGACAGGGCUUAAUUGAAGGAGGUAUGGUAAAUCUUAUGUUGAGGUCACCAUAGUUUAACUUAAAAGGGUAUUAAGCUAUUAUUUGGAUGUCGGAUAUUUACAAAAUUGAAAUUGGUUUUGUGAUAAGAAUUUUACUUAAAAGUGACAUUAUGCCCAUCUAAGGGUUAUAAUUUAGUGAGUGAGCAGGUGAAAGUCAGAAUAAGUUUUCAUUUUGUCAUAGUUCAAUUUAUAACUUAAUUUGCAUAAAUGAUAUAUAGAACUCAUACAUGUAUGGCCCAAAGCAAUAUCUGUAUAUAAGUACUGAAUUGACCUGUAAUGUUCAGUUUAUAAAAAGAGUGGGGCAAUCUUUUUAUAUUUUAGGCAUAUUUAUAUUUAAUCCUAAAUAUUUUUCAAUAUCAAAUGUUGGUCAAUCAUCAUUAUAACAGUCAAUCUUUUGAAAUAUUUACAAAAUAUAAUCAAUUCAGCCCAACUUGACAAUAAAAAAAAG